AUGGCUUGGGGGACACUAGAGAUGCCGACUCUGACAGAACUCGCUGAAGAGGCUCUAGCCCAUGCCCGUCGCCUGGAUGCGUAUACCGCGGCGCAGGGCCUCCCCCCGGUCUCUCUGGCUGACGACACGCUAACGAGCGCCCAGCUACCGGCGGACUUGGAGACGGCGAGGUCAGCGCUGGUCGACUCGGCGCAGAUGAUGAAGCGAUUGGCUCAGGGGCCGUUGGGGAAUAUGACGGAGAUAUUGUACAGUUUCACGGACAUUAUCUCCCUCCAAGCUGUCCACACCUACGAUUUACCGGCUCAGGUCCCUGAGAGUGGAACGGCGUCUUACGCUGACAUCGCGCGAGCAGUGUCCCUGCCAGAAUCUAUCUGUCGACGACUGAUGGUGCACGCCAUGGAGAACGGCAUCUUUGAGGAAGUCGAAGGCUGCGUAAAGCACUCUGCCUUCUCGCGCAUGCUGGCCGUUGACCGCGAAAGCAUGCAGGCUGUUGGCAUGGUGCUUAUGGAGCUCCUCCCCGCCGGCCACCGCACUCUUGACGCCCUGACUCGCUUUCCAGGCUCACAGAAGCCUACGGAGACGGGAUUCAACUUGGCUAACGACACGCCACUACCGCUCUACAAAUUUCUGUCACAACAUCCAGAACGACUUGCCCGUUUCGGUAUGGGAAUGAAGUUCUUUUCGCGCGCCGAUGGCUUUGAUCUCAAGUUUUUAGCUAUGGGAUUUCCGUGGAGGGAGAUUGAUCGUGAGGAUGCCGUCGUAGUGGAUUGUGGUGGCGGAGUAGGCACCGUGUCGCGCCAUUUGGCCACCGCGACCGAGAAACUGCAAUUUGUCGUGCAAGAUAUGGCUGGUCCGGUGGCUCUGGGGAGGGAUACCUUGCCUGUGGAGUUACAGGGUAGGGUGCGGUUUGAGGAGGCUGACUUCUUCACGCCGCAGAAGCUGAUUGGGGCCAACGUCUACUUUUUCCGUUGGAUUCUGCAUAACUGGAGUGAUGCCUACUGUGUGCGGAUUUUGCGCAACCUAGUGCCCGCGAUGCAUGCCCAUUCGAAGGUGGUGAUCUACGAGUAUAUUCUGGCAGAGCAGCCGGAACUGAAGUGGUCGAGGAAACAGGGCCGAAACUUGGAUCUGGUCAUGAUGGCCGGUUGGAAUGCCGAAGAGCGAUCUCUCUCUCAGCUGCGUCAGCUUUUUGCGCAGGCAGACGAGCGAUUUGAGCUGGAGGGAUCGUGGCAGCCAGAGGGAAGCACCAUGACAGCAGUCUCGUUUGGAUGGAAAGGAACGAAGAAAGAUGAGUAG